AUGAUCUCCCGGCUGCUUCUUCUGCUUUCCUUCCUCGUUCUGGUACCUCAUCAGCUCCCCCAACUACAGUAAUCCGCUCCCUUUCAGUGCCAUUCGUUGGUCUCCGACUUCUCGCACAGAUUCCUGCACAGAGAUCCCGAGUACGAGCGCAAGAUAUACGGUAAUCCACGCACCGCCCAUUUCAGCCCAAUUCCUGUGCUUCCAGAGCCCUUGUACAUUUCGAAAGACUACCGUCUUGGCGGCUCCGCUCAGCUCUCUCCGCUCUAUGAAAUGACCAAUUCGCACCUUCUCAACCUCGCCGAUCUGCUACGGAAACGUACCGAAAACUGA